AUAAUAGACCUGUGCAAUAGAAUGGAUACCAAGUUUCCAAGAGACAAUGCAGUGACUGAUGGUGGUUACUUUGUGCAGAUGGUGUGAUUUGACUGUCUGCAAUGCAUUGUGGUACAAAACAAACCAGAUGGACACGAUUAACAUCACCUCCAAAAAGCAGAAAGAUGUACAGCCUGUCCCAGACCUGUUUGAACAGUUUGACGGGUACAAUGACACAAAAAGGAAGAAGCAGAAAUCCGAGCCGAUGACCAGUAGCGGACUUCAGAGUCAUGCGGAAUGUUUAUUCAGUUUAUUAGAGAAACCUUACGUAAACUCUACAACAGGAAAAUGGCCAGAGCUUCGUGCAAGUGUAGAAGCUUUAGCAUCAUGUCUGUCAUCUUAUGAACAAUAUUUAAACAAACAAGCAACUACAACUGCUACAAAUAAGGAGCUGUCUUUUCCAUGUAGGACUGUUGAUCAGAAUGCAUCAGUCUUUCAUUGUAAGAAAUCAGUUUUAUCUGUUGUUAAAGACAAAUACACAUUGCUUGACAAAGCUGUUGUAAGUUCUGACACUGAAAAUCCUGUUUUAUUUGAUGAAAAUCUGCAUGUUGAAAAACCAUUUGAGAAUAGUAUGCAAAAAUUUCGUUUCUUUGACAGUUUGCAAUUGAGUGUUCCUGUAGAUGUUAUUAGAUUUUGUCCUGGGGGAGGGAUUGGUACUACAUAUAUUCUUUCCCAGGUACCUGAGAACAGGUCUGAUUCUGAAAUGAUGACAGAUGCAGCUCGGCUAGUGCAGAGAAUGAGACCGUUUUUGAAAGAGUUUCAUACAAGAGCCCAAAAAAAGAUUGUAAAAGGAAAAUUUCCAAUAUAGCUAAAAUUAAACCAGCCAUUAUUGAUUACAUGUACUCAGAAUUAGCAUUAGAUGCUGCAGCCAUGAGUCAUCCAGAUACACAACAGCGGUUGCAUUUGAUGUCUUUAGGUGAAUGUGGGCUUGUGAAUGAUUUGCGUCACCUAAACCCUGGGUGCCCUAACAACAAGUAUGAUGUGUUUUUUGAGAAACUUUGUGAACAAGUACAACAUAUUGAAGCAGCAGAUGAAAGACGCCAUGGAUCUGGAGUUGCUCACAUGUCUCG